AGCGAGAGACCAUUUUUGUUAGCUUUCAAGUUUCAAGAGCUGCUGCUGCAAUGGAGGCGGCGCCUUUUGGUUCCUCAACUGCAACUCGGCCUUUCUCCUCUGCUUCUUCGUCGUCUCUCUUAUUUCUCCGCCGCAACAAAUCUCACAAAAAUUAUCUCCAAUUCAAGUCCCCUAAAAGCGUCUCUGUUCGCGCCUCCUCUGCUGGGAAUUCGGUAGUCACUUUACUUGAUUAUGGCGCUGGGAAUGUUCGUAGUGUGAGGAAUGCGAUUCGCCAUCUGGGAUUUGAUAUUAAAGACGUGCAAACUCCAGAAGAUAUCUUGAAUGCAGACCGCCUCAUUUUUCCUGGUGUUGGAGCAUUUGCCUUGGCGAUGGAUGUGCUUAAUAAAACUGGGAUGGCUGAGGCAUUGUGCACCUAUAUUGACAAUGAUCGCCCAUUUUUAGGCAUUUGUCUUGGACUUCAGCUACUUUUUGAGUCUAGCGAGGAGAAUGGUCCAGUAAAUGGUCUUGGCUUGAUCCCGGGUGUGGUUGGACGUUUCGACUCAUCAAAUGGAUUCAGAGUACCCCAUAUUGGCUGGAAUGCUUUGCAGAUCGUAAAAGAUUCUGAAAUCCUGGAUGAUAUUGGAAAUCGCCAUGUUUAUUUUGUGCACUCUUACCGUGCAAUGCCUUCCGAUGACAACAAAGAGUGGGUUUCUUCUGUAUGCAAUUAUGGUGACAAUUUUAUAGCAUCAGUUAGAAGGGGAAAUGUGCAUGCGGUUCAAUUCCACCCAGAGAAGAGUGGAGAUACGGGACUUUCUAUAUUGAGAAGGUUUUUGUAUCCAAAAUCGUCCUUCACAAAGAAGCCAGUGGAAGUGAAGGCUUCAAAACUUGCAAAGAGGGUUAUUGCUUGUCUUGAUGUGAGAGCAAAUGAUACAGGAGAUCUUGUUGUCACCAAAGGGGACCAGUAUGAUGUAAGAGAGCAUACUAAAGAGAAUGAGGUGAGAAAUCUUGGCAAGCCGGUGGAACUCGCUGGACAAUAUUACAAAGACGGGGCUGAUGAGGUUAGUUUCUUGAAUAUUACUGGUUUCCGCGACUUCCCUUUGGGCGAUUUGCCAAUGUUGCAGGUGUUGAGAUACACAUCUGAAAAUGUUUUUGUACCACUAACAGUUGGCGGUGGAAUUAGAGAUUUUACGGAUGCAAAUGGAAGGCAUUAUUCUAGUUUGGAAGUUGCUUCAGAGUAUUUCAGGUCUGGAGCUGAUAAGAUUUCCAUUGGAAGUGAUGCAGUUUAUGCCGCCGAAGAAUACUUGAAAACCGGAGUCAAGACUGGUAAAAGCAGCUUAGAGCAGAUAUCUAGAGUAUAUGGAAACCAGGCAGUGGUUGUUAGUAUAGAUCCUCGCAGAGUGUACUGCAAUAGUCCGAAUGAUGUUGAGUUCAAGGCUGUAAGACUAUCAAAACCAGGUCCAAAUGGAGAAGAAUAUGCGUGGUACCAAUGCACAGUUAAUGGUGGACGGGAAGGGCGGCCAAUUGGAGCGUAUGAACUUGCAAAAGCAGUUGAAGAGCUGGGAGCUGGGGAAAUAAUGCUCAACUGCAUAGACUGUGAUGGUCAAGGGAAAGGAUUUGAUAUAGAUUUAAUAAAGUUGGUUUCGGAUGCCGUGAGCAUCCCUGUUAUUGCGAGUAGUGGAGCAGGUGCCGCAGAACACUUUUCCGAGGUUUUCAUGAAAACAAAUGCAUCCGCUGCCCUUGCAGCUGGAAUUUUCCAUCGGAAGGAGGUCCCAAUUCAGUCUGUGAAAGAGCACUUGCUGAAGGAAGGCAUAGAAGUCAGAACCUAAGUAGUGACUGUGGUCAAAACCUUGGAGAUGCUUCUAAUUCAGACAGAUUAGUCGCGAUUCGUUACUUUUUUCUUGACAAAACUUGUGCAACACUCUUGUGUUUUACAAUUCAGCUCGAGUAAUUUGGAAGGAAAUGUUGUGAUAAACCAUUGUAAUGGAAGGAUAUUGCUGUAAAAUUUUGAAAUCACAGUUCCUGUGUAAUUGUGCAAUCUGUUCCACAUUUGCAACA